AGUCUGUGCUGCUGCAGCUCCGUUAGGACACCAGCACCAUGCUCACCUGACCGGCUCAUAACCUGAAACACAGAUUUUCUCCUCUGAAAAGUAUCUACCACUAACUCCUCGUUACGUGUCACCGGAGAGCCCUCUCAUCCCUCCGCUCCAUGGCCAUCGCCGCCGCCCGCCCUCUCCCCCUGGGAGGUAACCUUCAAAGGCUCUGCUCGGCGCGAUGGAUGACCAACUGAGUGAUGGAGAUGGACAGAAUCAAAGGACGUGCUCCCUUCAUUGUGACCAGAUGAAGGGACACCUACCUCCUUCCAGCAGCGAGGGGACGUACGCUGCAGCAUUUUGAUGUUCGUCACAGAGAAUUGACGCGCCUAAAACAAAAUCAUUUGGAAUUAAUUUUGAAAAAGAGGAACUACUAGUUCUCUAGUCUCUCAGCAUAGAGCUCAUAUGCUGACUGCUCAUCCCUGUAAUGCUUGUUAUGAGUUGUCCAUCCACAACCAAUGAGCCAGAGAGCUGCAGCAGCGAGGGAAGCAGCUGUACCACUUCCUCCGUCACCACCUCUGACCUGUCCUCUAUGUCUGGACACACUCGCCCCACCCUACAGUCCCUCAGUGAUGCACCCGACACCUCUAAGCGUGAAGCUCCCCCACCUCCUCCCCUGCCGCCCCCACCUCCGGGGGCACCCCCGCCCCCUCCACCCCCGGCGACCACGUCCACCAACCACAACGGGCGGAAGAAGCGCCGUGUCCGCAGCUUCUUCUGGAAGCCGAUACCGGAGGAGAAGGUGCGCGGGAAGCCCAACAUCUGGACUAUGGCUGUGCGGCAGCAGCAGUACCAGAUCGAUGUUCGCUCUGUUGAGGAGCUGUUCGGGCAGCAGGAGGAGGCGAUGACAGGCAUACGCGGGGCGAUGCCGGCCGCUGGAAGCUCAACUCGUGUGUCCAGGUCUCGCUCCUUCAAGGAGAGCAGCAAGGAUGAGAUCAGCAUCCUUGACUCCAAGAGAGGGAUGAACGUGGGCAUUUUCCUGAAACAGUUCAAGAAGUCCAACAGCUCCAUUGUUGAAGACAUACGACGAGGAGAGGGAAAGAUUUAUGGAGCAGAGCUGCUCCGAGAUCUGCUGAAGCUCCUGCCCGACCUAGAGGAGAUAAAGAAACUUCAGGCGUUUAAAGGAGACCCAGACAAGCUGACACUGGUUGAUUCCUUUAUGUUCCUCUUGAUCCAGGUGCCUCGGUUCGAGGUUCGGAUCGAGGCCAUUGUCCUCCGCGAAGAGUUCUUCCCUUCCUGUGCCGUAAAGAGCCGCGAGAUCGAUGUCGUCCGCGUCGCCACUAAAGAGCUGAUGAGCUGCGAGGAGCUUCAUGCCAUUCUGCAUCUGGUGCUGCAGGCCGGAAACAUCAUGAACGCUGGCGGCUACGCCGGCAACGCCGUGGGCUUCAAGCUGUCGUCCCUCCUCUCAUUGGCCGACACCAAGGCCAACAAGCCGGGGAUGAACCUGCUGCACUUUGUCGCCAUGGAGGCAAAGAAAAAAGACGAGAAGCUGCUCAAGUUUCCAGAGAAACUUCAGGACGUCCAGAGUGCAGCCAGAAUCUCAGUGGAAAACAUCGAGCUGGAGUUUUCCUCCUUAUAUGUUCGGACUAAAACCCUGGAGGAGAAAGUUCAAGGAGACCCGGAGCUACUGCAGCAGCUGGAGCCCUUUCUGCAGAGUGCAGCACGGACGCUGCAGGACCUGAAGAGACGGCGGCUGGAUCUGCGUAAAGAGGGGAACGCUCUCAUCGACUUCUUCUGUGAAGACAAGGACACCUUUAAGCUGGACGAGUGCUUCCGCAUCUUUCAGGACUUCUGCAUCAAGUUCAAGAAAGCAGUCAAGGACAACACGGACCGUGAGUUGAAGGAAGAAGCCAGACAGCGUCGUCUGCGAGAGCUGGAGGAAAAGCGCUUCGCUUGGCAGGGUGCAGAUCAGAGCAGUGGGUUUGGUCGGAGCAGCAGCGAGAACGACGUGGAGAUGCUCACCAAGGAAGGCCUGCUGGACUUCUUCCAGCAGAGGUCUCAGAGUCCACACAGCCCGGUGGGACGCUCCGCCAGCGCCCGCCGCCACCGCCACACCAUGACCUCCAUAGCAGACCGAGAACUCCAAGGAUACCUGGAGAUAUUCGGAGGCACUGGAAAUCCCACAGACUAUUCCAAGUUUAACAGUCUACCUCGGGCGGGCCGCACUGUGCAGCGGAAGACGACCCCCUGGAUCUUAGCCCAGGACGGCAACCGUGAGCUGGGCUGCGACAGACAGGCGACGUCUCCACGGGCAGAAACUGAGCCUAUCAGCCCGCUGGCCAGGUUCUCCUCCUCUGGGCUAAAUGAUAACGACCCGUACAACAAUAAUAACUACUCAUCUGUGUCAGAGGGCAGCGUUUUGCCUCAUCCCUUUUGUGUCUUUCAGAAGCCCGUCCAUCUUCCCAACCCACCGAUUACCGCCCACAUGAAUGUUAGUGUGGAGACGCACACUCUAGUUCGAGGUCCUCAAGCUUUUGACCUACCGAGUCCAAACAAUAACAGUAAUUAUUUGCACUUUGUCAACGAGGGGGACGUCGUGGUGACUGAUUUGGAAAAGGAGAGACGUUCACUACCCAUAAAUCUGGACAUCCUCUUACAUGAUAAAAUUUUAGAAAGAGGAGACGAUCCCAAAGCAUCCUGGGGAGGGAAAAUAGAUUCUCCCACACCAGCUGGGGUCUCUCCCGAGAGUUUGAAAGAAGAAGAGGACAACAGCACAGUUUCAUCAACGACCUGUGAUACACCCCUCCCACUAGACACCUCUGUAUCCAAUAAGAAACCAAUGUUAUAUAUACUAGACUGCACAGAAACGGAUUGCUCCGUCACCUCGGAUUACUCUGAGGUUGAGAGCUCGUCUCUAAUGAAAGAGGGACUUCAUUUCAGAACAACUGACCGCAGGAGAUCCAAUCAGGAGAGCCAGCUAGAUCCAAGCUCUCUGUCCUCUAAUUUGGAGUCCAUGUCUCCCAACGACCAAUCCGUUUCAACCAAUGAGCUGUCAGCGCCAAAAUCUGUGGACGCAGCAUCCAUGACUACGAAUCCGUCUGCUGCCACAGAGGAGUGGGACACAGAGAGCUGUGACACCGCCGAGGGGAAACAAAGUGUGGAGAAAGAUGCACAGAGUAGCAGCAAAAAAACAGCGCCUACAAAGAGCAAAGCUAACAAAGCGAAUAAGAGUAGCGGAGGUCGCGGCGUGCGAACGCUGACCAGCAGCGAGAGCCAGGGCAUGCGGAAAGUUGUGCCCAUUAGCAAGCCUACGAGGACAGGUAGCAGCAAGACGGCAGAGAGAGCUUUGGCGCAUGACGGCGGAGAGUCACGCCGGCCUCUUCGUGACCAGAGCACCCCAGCGAGAGGAAGGAGCGAGAAGACCACGAGACCUCCUCGACACUCCAGUCUGCCCCCGGAUGAGUCAAAAGCUCAGAGUGGAAGCGGCUUUUCGAGAUGGACACGCGAUUUGACCCCGAGGAAGGCUUCCUUUCACAAGCCGAGCGCCAAACCCCUGAGGAACAUCCCCAAACCUGCACCUGAGGAGAAGAUGUGUCGCUCCACCAUGAGAGCCCUGGCUCAGGCUCAGGCUCAGGCUCAGGCUCAAGCUCAGGCUCAGGCUCAGGCUCAGGUUCAGGUUCAGGGUGGAGCUUCCUCUGAGAACAGCAGCUGUCACACGCUCUGCGCAAAAAACACCCUCGAUGUCCCCAGCUUUGCCCGCAACACCGUAGCUUCGACUUCCAGGGUCAAGAAGGAGCUGGCGCCCCCGUCCGUCCCCUCCACGCCAUCUCGUAGCCCCUCGCUUCUAGGUCGACAAACCCCGGUGAAGCAGAACAGGUUGUCGCCCACAGUUCAUACCAGCGAGGAGCGGCCACAAGGGACAAAUCUGCGACGGGUGCAAAGUGUGAAAGCAACCAGCCGCAGCGCCUACCGCAGCGAGACUCCCCCGCCACCUCCUAUACGUGAAGAUCUUCGUAAGACUAGUAGCUUUUCUGAAAAGUCAGUCCAGCCUAGGGACGUGAUGAUGACGCCCAGCAGAGGUGCUAAACCAAGCUGGAAAUAAAACAAACGUAGUGGAAACUUACCAGAAGAAAGGGACACUUUGGUGUAAAUUGAUAUUUGCUGUACUUCCCCCUCUACAGUGCAGACGUAUCCUCUCAUAUCAUGCAACAGACAGGAAUCUGAAAAUAGUUUUAAGCUCUCUCACCUUAAGGAUCCUCCAGUAGCUGAUUCUCUAUCAGGUUUAUGAAUUGCAAAAGAGCAAGAUGCAAUGAACUGCUCCACGCGUUCCUGUUUUGUUGCUUUUGAUUUCACACCUUCCCUUUUUUUCUGAGAGUGGGGCAUUAACUAAACUGACAAAUGGCAAUUUGUUGUUUUUACCCAGGAGCCUCUUUGCCUGCUUAGCUGUGUUACCAUAUAUGCUAGCGUCUGUGAUGAUGUUGAACACUGACUGACUAUAUGAUGCUGCUAAUUAGCUCCGACAAUUUGAGACUGAGUUUCAGUUUCCUUUUCAUUCAGGGUUACAAGAUUUGUUGUACCUUUUGACUUGCUGCUGUUUUAGUUUUUAUUGCGUCCUCCUGUAGACCAUCGCUCCUGUUUGCUUUUUGGUUCCUUUGCUUGAUACCUCAGAUUGAUUGCAGUGGCCUUGUACCAGCAGAAAAACGUAGAUUAUGUUCAUUUGGCUCUGCAUGAUGAAGAUGUAGAUCUUGGUUUAAACUGCAAUGUCACUUUUUACAAAUUCCUGGUAUAUUAAUAUUCCUACAAUAUAUUAUAAAUCACAGAUUAUAAGCCAGUAUAUAUACCAACUGUGGUACUUGUUGUACCUUGUGUAUGUAUGUGUCAGUAGUUAGUAAAUGUGUUAGAACGCCUCCGUAAUAUCAUGGAGUAGACGUGCACGUAGGGAAUGUUUCCUGUACACGAUCAGCGCUAAUGCUUUGAAAGAAAAAGCAUUGAACGCAUCUGAAACACUGAAAUGAUCAUCAGUCAUGUGAUUAUUUUGACAGUCUGGUCUGAUGUUGCUACUGUGAAUGUAGUCAUCUCACAUGUUCUCUAGGCCUGCACCCUUUAUCGACCAGGUAAACAAUAACUGGUCAAAAUUCAGCGUAGCCCCAGCUGGUGCCUCUCAUGUAUCGUCAUUACGUUUGAGUCACAGAGACAAGUAUCUGUUAUUCCGAAAAAUAAACAUGUCACAAGAAAAAUAUAAACGCAUUACUUUGUUUGAAAAUAAUACAAUGUUACAUCAAUAUGGACAAAAAAAUGGUUAUAGAUUUUGUUUCACGUUUUGCAAAUUGAUCAUGAACAUAUGUCGUGCAUCUGCUAUAUCUGUUUCUUAGAAUUAAAUACUCUGCUGCAUAAUAAUGCAAUAACAUAAGGUAAACGUUAUUUAUAAGUUAUAUUUGUCCAUGUUGAAGUUAGAUUGUAUUGUUUUAUAUUUUCAUACAAAAUAAAUGUUUUUUGCCCGUCACGAUAACUACUUUAUGUGGAUACGAUAAGUCGAUGAUCUAAAAGUUAAUAAGAUCAUGGCCAUGUAUCUUACGAUAAAUCGAUAUAUAUGUAUGUAUAUGUAUAUACUGUACAUACAUGUGUGUGUGUGUAUAUAUAUAUAUAUAUAUAUAUAUAUAUAUUAGGGCUGUCAAUCGAUUAAAAUACUUAAUCAGGAUUA